GCCCGGUAUCCGGGUAAGAUGGCCGCAGUCGGGGAGUGCUCGCUGCCCGCGCCGUGGCGGCCGGUCUCCCUCACUCACGUCGAGUAUCCCGCAGGUGAUUUCUCUGGCCAGCUUUUAGCUUAUUUGAGUCUUGGUCCAAUAUUCAUUAUUGUUGGCUUUGUAACACUCAUCAUAUUCAAGAGAGAGCUUCACACGAUCUCUUUCUUGGGAGGGCUGGUGUUCAACGAGGCAGUGAACUGGUUAAUAAAAAAUGUAAUCCGGGAGCCUCGGCCGUGCCAAGAAGCCCAUUCUACAGUGACCACAAAAUAUGGGAUGCCGUCCAGCCACUCCCAAUUCAUGUGGUUUUUCUCUGUCUAUUCUUUUCUGUUCCUUUAUUUAAGAAUGCACCAAACAAACAACGCGAGGUUUCUGGAUUUGCUCUGGCGACACGUGCUGUCCAUCUGCCUCGUCACAGUGGCUUUGCUAGUCUCAUAUAGUAGGGUUUAUUUGCUUUACCACACCUGGAGCCAAGUCCUAUAUGGAGGUGUGGCAGGAAGCAUCAUGGCCAUAGCCUGGUUUGCCUUCACACAGGAGAUCCUAACUCCCCUCUUCCCGAGGAUAGCUGCAUGGCCAAUUUCAGAGUUCUUUUUAAUCCGAGAUACCAGCCUCAUUCCUAACAUCCUGUGGUUUGAAUACACAGUCACAAGAGCAGAAGCAAGGAACAGACAGCGCAAGCUGGGUACGAAGCUGCAGUGACCGGGACCAGGGCGCUGUAAUGGACAGACAAGAGCAGAGACCUGGGAGCAGCAAGGAGCCUUUUUACAGACGGACCAAAGGAACAGGCAGGGACCAUACCCAAAACCUGAAAGCCUUUGCUCUGCUUUAGCAGCUAAGCUGGAUGCUCCCUGAUGCAUGUGGGACCGUGCAGGAGUAGAAACUCAUUUUGAACACAGAUGCACAUGGUUGGAUGUACCAUCGUGUCUACGUCAGGGGAGGGGGGAGAAAAUGCCUGGUGUCGUGUUCGGGGGAGGGAAAACCAAAAAUGAAUCCUUUCUGUGACUUUUUUUUUCAGCAUGAAAUAUACACACUAUUUAUUUAUUUUUUUAAAUGGAACUAUUGUUUAUGGGGUGGGUGAGGCGUUGAUUGUGUGUUUUGCUUUUUUUUUUUUUACUUUUUUUUUUUGGAAGAAGAUGACAAAACUAUAAUCUCAAGUUGGUCAUGUUUAAUUAGGGCUUCUAAUUCUUACAUGGUUCUUAGGAGGGAGGGGAUCUAGAAGGGGUGACCAAGACAGAAGGAAGAGGAAGACUUUCCUUUCUGCAGUCAGUUUGGGAGAUCAAAAUCAAUUCCAACUGUACUUUGUACAGACAAAAAGACAGACUAUAAAGAUCUGAUUUUUAACACUAGUGACAGUUCUGCAGGGAGUCCUGCACGGAUACCAGUUAAGGGGAGUGUGUGUGUAAAACAAAGGAAAAACACAAAUAUACUGACUCUUAUUUUUUUUCCACUGCUGCUCCUGUUGUGUAAUUAGCAAGAGUGUCCUUUUCAGAAUCUCUUCCAGGUGGCAAGAUUGUCAUACAUAUCUCACAUUUAUUCCAUCUCUUCCUUUAUACUUUUAUUAUCUCAGGGUUGCUGUGAUCUGUACAGCUUUUGUUGUACUGAGUGUGCCGAGGGCACUGGGAAGCCCAUUGGUUAUAAGCAGUGCUGUGCUCCAGUGAGAGUCAGCCCAAAGCCUUACAAAAUUCAGUUGCUGGUCUCUGUCUUAAGCACUGGAUUUUUUUUUUUUCUGUUAAAGCUUAAGGGAGGGAUUUUUAUGAAUGAACAUAGUGACAACCACAAAAGAACAAGGCAAAUGACUAAUAACUAGCUCAGCUGCUCUCUGAAUUAUUCCUUGAAGAGCUCUAUUAGACUCCAUCCAUGAACUCCAAAUAGGGAAUUUAUCCUAGCAGAGGCUCCAUCACAGUGGCUUGGUUGGGGUUCUGCAGCUGUAACCUUGAAUGCUGAACUCCUACCAGCAAGUUUUGCUCUCCAUCCUUCUUCCAUGGCGGUUGUGGCGCUCUGGGUGCUGUGUCUCUGUGGGAGUGUGCCUGCCAUCUCUGUGUGCUGGUGAUGCCUACGACCCCUGUGAGCCAUCAGUGACCUGCCAAGGGCUAUUCUCACAGUGCUUCAGGGCUGUGCAUGGACACUUGCUGUAUUUCUAGUAUAUAAUGCAGCAGUUCAAGUGUAACUACAGAGAAGUAUUUAUUCAAAGCACAAUUGACUUGAA